UCUUGUCGCAAAACGGGUAGUUGCUGAUGUAAACAACAUGGCUGCCACGAGGAGUUUCUUUCUGUGGAUCGAAGCGUUUUUCGUGCUUUUUGUCCAGUUAUGCGUGAAAUCAGAGGACGUAGACGUUCACAAGCUUUUAUACUCCAACGGAGGGUGGUACACAGACACAGAGAACCUGAUAGCACAACCUGGACCAUGUAACAUUGACGUUAGGGACGAAUCUCUUACACAAAGAGACUUCUUACAAAAAUAUGCAGAGAAAGCACCAGUCAUAUUCAGGAGUGUAACAGACAACUCUAAUUUCAGAAAACUGUGUUCCAAGUCUUCUUUAGUGGAGAACUAUGGAAGCAAGGAAGUCAUUCUGAGCUCUGCAAACACUUAUUCAUACACAAAAGUGCCAGUUAGUUUCCAGCAUUAUGUGGAGGAGAUAUUGCGACCUCAGGACGCCAACACACUCGGCAAUGAAACUCUCUAUCUGUUUGGGGACCAAAACUACACAGAGUGGGAACCAUUACUAGACCAUUAUGUGCAGCCACCCUACUAUUUACCUGGACACACAGGUGCUCUCAGCUUCGGUCUAGCAGGUGCAGGUACAGGAGUUCCCUUCCAUUUCCAUGGACCAGGUUUUGGUGAGGUCAUCUAUGGUAGAAAGAGAUGGUUCCUGUAUCCCCCAGACCAACAGCCAGCCUUUAACCCUAAUCGUACCACCCUACAGUGGGUAAUGGAGAAGUACCCACAGCUCGAGGAGUCUGAAAAGCCUUAUGAAUGCACCAUCGGUCCUGGGGAGAUCAUCUACUUUCCAGACCGUUGGUGGCACGGCACAUUGAAUAUCGACACUUCUGUGUUCAUCUCAACAUUCCUAGCUAUGACUCCAUGGGCAUAACCCUCAUCUGUUCUUUAGAAAAAGCAAUAAAAAUGUGUUCUGCACAGCCAUUGAUUUA